UAAAAAUGAAUAAUCCUAAGGAAAGAAAAGCUACAGCAGCAAAAACUGUAAAGCAAAAGAAUAAUGAAAGUAAAGCAACAAGUAGCAAGGUGACAACAGUAAACCAACAAAAAGCGAAAUCAAAUAAACAGUGGACUAAUGAUGAUAAAAAAAUAUUGUUAGAAGGUUUAAAAAAAUAUGGGCCCGAAAAUGUUGAAGCUAUAUCAAAAAUGUUGCCAAACAUGUCUUUUGAAGAUAUUAGAUGGAAAAUUGCUGAAUAUUCUGAAAUGGCAGAAUAUUUAUAUGAACAUGAACUAAUAAACAACUGGAUGAAUUGUGGAAUGUUUGAACCUGGGGAUAGUCUCAUCUCAGAAGCAUUAUUAUUUAUACAUUUAUUUGAAAAGCAUCCAUCUCCUUCAGAAGCAGAAGGUUUUGAUUUCAGAGCAAUAUAUAAUUUUCUUUAUCGCUCAAGCCUGGGACCAGUAUCAUACUUUGAUCUAUCACCAAAAGAUAGAGAUUUACUGUGUAUUUUGCUAUCAAGACUAGAACGCAAGAUAUGGCCAAAAUGUGAGAAAGAUAUCUGGGAAUAUGUUGGUAAUACUUACAAUAAAAGACAUAUUAAAAAAGUAUAUCCAGGAAAAAGGGUCCCAGGUCAACUUUUAUAAUAUCAUAGUUAUAGUUUUUUUAUACAUUCAUGUGUAAUGAUAAUAUUUAAUAAAUAUUAAUAAUGUGGAGGUGCUUAAAGUUUGGAUACAUCUUCUGCUGUGAUAGAAAAAAAUUUUCUUUAUUUAUAUAUAACAUAAACAAGUACAAAUUUUUAUCCAAUAGAGUAAAUUGAUUUAUUUUAUGUGACAGAAAUCUAUUGUCUUAAAAAUGUAUUAAAGAUUACCUC